UUAAUAUAAUUUUUAAGAUAUCCCUCAAAAUGGUGAAAAUUAUAGCUUUGUUACUAAAUUGUAUUUUGGUCCUAUGUCUUUGACAAACGACUCAAGCCUUCAGACUUCUAGAACCCACAAUCGAUCCAGAUACAAAUAUUUGAACUGGUGUUGAAGGAUCUGCAUACAGACCUUAUGUUAGAGCAUUCAAUGCAAGUCAAGGUUUAUUCACACAUGUAUACAAUAUAUGGUUGAGUAAAACGGAAAAUAAAUUAUUCACCUUAUCAUAUCAUCGAACACCGGGCGGAAAUGAGAGAGGUAUCCAGAUAUCAAAAAGAAACCUGGAUCUUACUCCUGUUUAUGAAAAGUCAUAUAACUUUGACAUUGAUCUCAGAGCAUCCACAAUGGAUAUGAAUCAGACAAUGAUGUAUAUCGUCAACUUCAAUAACCAAUACAAUUAUGUUGCCAAUUUCAAUUCAACAACAGGCGAUGCUGUCAUAAUCCGAGAGAUUAGGAAUAUCAACUUAACCAAUAGUAUUGCUGUUACUGAAAAGCAUGUUUUAAUCGCAACCAGAAUUUUGCCUCGAUUUCAAAGAGGAAUAUUGGUGAUGGAUAGAUCAGAUCUAUCGAUAGUUAAUCAAAUCGGGCUAGAAACUUACAAUUUCGUUUCUGUUCAUCAAAUGGAAGGUUUAAACUCCCAAGUUCUGAUGAUUAUUCAUUCAGUAGCUCAGGACCGAAGAAGGAACCUUGUCGAUGCUACAAAUGGAGGGCGUGUAGGAUUUCAACUUAUUGAUAGCACAGGGUCUAACACAAUACAACAGCUAGCUUGCGGAUCGGAAGACUGUUCUCACAGUUCCCAUUCUCGAGCUAUAAGAAGAUCUUCUGGAGAAAUCCUGACCUCAGUUCGUGUGGAAUCUGAGAUCUUACUACUCAUCGAAUUCAGCCCAAACAUGAAGUACUCCUCAAUUCACCAAUACAUCUUCACCACAGCACACAGCUACAUGAUCUCACUAGUAGAAUUCCCAGAAGCUAAUCUUAUUUACUCUUUGAUUGGCUCUAACCCAGCAUUAUCAACUCCUUCAUUAGAUCCUAUACUAGUUAUGUUCAAUUCAGAUACUAAAGAGGUGAUAGAAAGGUGGCAGACUAAUUUUGAGAGGAAAUUUAUCAAUAUAAUGAAUCAGAAAGACGGAUUUGUGUACUUUGGAGGUCGUGAUGACGAUGGGCUUGGUUUUCUGUACAAAACGGUGCCUUCUAGCUUUUCACUGCUUGAGGAUAAGGUCAGUUUUGAAUCAGGCAGUCGGGAUGGAAUUGUCCUUCAUGAUGAAUCUAGGUAUACUGUAUCUGAAGUGCAGCUGGUGUGGACAAGAUUGACGAACGCGACCGAAGGAACUGAACUUCCAAAUCCUGUAUCCUAUUCUUAUGAUGAACUAACAGACCCCUCUGAAUCCUCCAAUUCAACUUUCGUUUGGACUGGUGAACUAUUCUCCAAUAUUUCUGUUGUAAACUCAGCAAGGGUAACUCAAGAUUUCGGACUUCCCUGUUGUGCUGAAGGGCAAUACUGGACUUAUGAUGUCCAAAUAGAGCCUUCGGACGAAAUACAAGUUUCAAUCGAGGACAGGAAAUUGAUUGUCCAAGCCCCAGACAAUAAUACUGUACAAAGAUACAAAGUAACUAUCAGAGUAUCCUCAGAAUUCAACUAUUUCACACAAUAUGCACAGGUUCUUGUAGAACCUUGAACUGUGCAGAAUUGCCAAACAUGCUUAGAAACCUCAGGUUCCGUAUGCCAAAUCUGCCAAGAAGAUUUUACUCUAGACAAUGGAGAGUGACUGGAUGAAGAUGACUCAAUCGAGCUGUUUACCGCCAGAGCACUGGGCAAAACUGUAUCUAUAGAUAUUACUGCAACAGUCAGUGUCUCGGCAGUGUUAAUUGGUAGUAUUUUAUCUGGAGAAUCAGGUUCAUCUGCAUGGGUGAUGAUUAACCAAUACCAGCUCCUUCUUACAACACCCACUCUUGAGACCGGACUUCCUGAGGAUGUUCUUGUCUUCUUAGAAGAAUUCGAAUUCUUCACUCUAAAUUUCAAUUUCCUCGAAGGAUGGACACUUUGGAAAUUUGAAGAUGUUAUCGACAGAUUUGACUAUGACCAAACCGUUGAGGGUCUCAACACUGUCGGGUAUGAGUCAGGAAGUGUCAUAGUUAAUCAGUACAAUCUUGGAAAAGCUCUGGCUCUUCUUGUCUUGACAGAUGUAUCCCUGCUGUUGGUAUUUCUGAUCUUCAAGAAAUACUUACAGAAAGCAAUAAUCAAAUCAGUGAUUGAAAAAUUUGAAAGUUUCUACUUCUUCACAGCUUAUGUGAGAAUUAUCAUUGAAGCUUUCUUCUUCGUCUUCCUUACUGCUCUAUCAGAAGUUUAUGAGAAUAUUGGAGAUGUUCAAGAUGGUCUGUCAUAUGCAGCAGCCAUAAUUAUCUCAUUGACAAUAUUCCUCAUCCCUGGGUUCUUGCUUUGGCAUUAUUUCAGAUACAGAAACAUACAAAACUUGGCUGAAGAUGGGAAGCUUACAGAGCUUUAUGAUGGCUUUAAACCCAGACCUCUUUGCCAACUAUACAAUUUUAUAUUCUGAAGCAGGAGGAUCCUCAAUGCACUCAUAGUUGUCCUCCUAAGCGAUCUACCAAUACUAGUAAGAUUGCUUACUUUUGAUAUCGUGCAGCUAGCAGGGCUUGCUUACUCCACAAUCAUCAGGCCUUUCGAAGAGCCAAGGGAUAAUUUCCUGGAAAUUCUGAAUGAUAGUUUCUUCAUGGUGUUCUGUAUUGUGAUAACAAUAUUAUAUGAAGAAGAUCACUGGAAUUCUUCUAUCUCUAACAUUGUCCUGUACUCGAUUAUGGUCAAUGGCUUACUCAUCGCUUUGUUCUGCAUUGCCAUGAGCAUCAAAGAUGUAACCAUCAGCAUCGUCAAGAAAUGCAGAACAAAUGAAGAUGAGAGUAAAAGCAGCCAAAGAGAAAGCCUAGCUAGUUUUCCAAAUGAAUCUACAAGUAAGAGAAGCCGAUAUAAUAAAGAAAGAGCAUCGAGAAAGAAAAAGUCUCCGACUAGGAAAAGAUCGGAAGAUGAGUUUAUGGAAGAGUUUAAGAUUGAGCCAAAAUCUAUAGAGAGCUCCCAAGGUCAAUCAGGGAACUCUUCAGUUGCUAAUUCUGAUAUGGUAACAAAGACUAAAACUAGUCAUACUAAAGAUGAACAUUGCUCUUCCAAAAAUAGUAACGCCAGCCUUCACGGUGAAGACUAUCAGGGGAAGCCUCAAAAGCCAAACCAAUCUGUAGAGUCAAUCAAUUUCUCAGAGGCAAAUAGGAAAUCUCAGAGGGAUAAAUGAUCGCCUCUGAAUUCGGACAGGGAUUCUCACUCUUUAGACUAUAGUAAUGAACAAAGUCCUGAAGAAAGUCUCUAGAUAGUUUGAACCACCAGACUAAAAUAGCAGAUUAAUUCAUAUGUAGAAUUCA